GUCCGCGAGUCCGGGGCGGCGGCCGGGGGCCCGGCGGGCGGGAGGGGCCGCGGCUGAAGGCCGGAGCCAGCCACGCCCGCGGACCGAGGCGGCCCGGCGGGGCCUGCGGGACCGGCCGCGAGGGGCGGGCCGCGAGAUGGGACGCGUGUCCGCGCCCGCUCGGCUGUCGUCCCCGCGGACGGAGAGGUGCGGUGCCCUCCGCGCGGCCUUUGCCCCGGCCGCCGAGCGCUGACACCUCUGUGUCCCACUCCGCCGCCAGCCCGGGUUCCCGCCCUCCCUGCCCUCUGUAUUCUGCCGCUUGCCAUGUGUUCGCCUUUGCAGCGUCGCUCUCGACUCUCUGAUAUCUGCUGCUACCCCUGAAUUUUGUCAGGAAAGAGGCCACGGCUAGAUUCCCAGAAAUGGGAUCUCAGGUCAGAGGGUAGUUGCCCUGUCUGAGUGUCUUGCUGCACCCUCGGUGGCAUUGAGCAGAUUGUCAAUAUUUAAACAGAGCGCAUCAUGCGUGAGUACAAGCUAGUAGUCCUUGGUUCAGGAGGCGUGGGGAAGUCUGCUCUGACAGUUCAGUUUGUUCAGGGGAUUUUUGUUGAAAAAUAUGACCCAACGAUAGAAGAUUCCUACAGAAAGCAAGUCGAGGUAGAUUGCCAACAGUGCAUGCUGGAGAUCCUGGACACUGCAGGAACCGAGCAAUUUACAGCAAUGAGGGAUUUGUAUAUGAAGAAUGGCCAAGGGUUUGCACUAGUUUAUUCAAUUACAGCUCAGUCUACGUUUAAUGAUUUACAAGACUUGAGAGAACAGAUUUUACGGGUUAAAGACACAGAAGAUGUUCCAAUGAUUUUGGUUGGCAAUAAAUGUGACUUGGAAGAUGAACGGGUAGUUGGCAAAGAACAAGGCCAGAAUUUAGCAAGACAGUGGUGUAACUGUGCCUUUUUAGAAUCUUCUGCAAAGUCAAAGAUCAACGUUAAUGAGAUAUUUUAUGACCUGGUCAGACAGAUAAAUAGAAAAACACCAGUGGAAAAGAAGAAGCCUAAAAAGAAAUCAUGUUUGCUGCUCUAGACCUGAAGUCAGCAGCAGCUCUGAGCCAGAUUACAGAAAUGAAGAACUGUUGCCUAAUUGGAAAGUGCCAGCAUUCCAGACUUCAAAAACGAAAUCUGAAGAGGCUUCUCCUGUUUUAUAUAUUAUGUGAAGAAUUUAGAUCUUAUAUUGGUUUGCACAAGUUCCCUGGAGACAAAGUUGCUCUGUGUAUAUCUCUUGGAAAUAAGACAUAGUAUUUCUCCUUUGCAAUAGCAGUUAUAACAGAUGUGAAAUAAGAUACUUGACUCUAAUACAAUUAUACAGAAGAGCAUGGAUGCAUUUCAAAUGUUAGAUGUACUACUAUAAUCAAAUGAUUUCAUAUUGACGUUUUUAUCAUGACUCCUCCCUGUCAAGCACUAAAAAAUUGAACCAUCAUACUUUAUAUCUGUAAUGAUAUAGAUUAUGAAAUCUCCUCUCAAACUCAUUGCAGCAGAUAACUUUUUUGAGUCAUUGACUUCAUUUUAUAUUUAAAAUUAUGAAAAUAUCAUCUGUCAUUAUAUUCUAAUUAAAAUUGUUUGUGCAUAAUGCUUUGGAAAAAUGGGUCUUUUAUAGGGAAAAACUGGGAUAACUGAUUUCUAUGGCUUUCAAAGCUAGAAUAUAUAAUAUACUAAACCAACUCUAAUAUUGCUUCUUGUGUUUUACUGUCAGAUUAAAUUACAGCUUUUAUGGAUGAUUAAAUUUUAGUACAUUUUCAUUUGGUUUGUGUCUUUUUGUUAUUGUUUAUUGACAUAGUCCUUUAUUUUAUAAUGACCACAUUGUUUAGAGUGCAGCAGUAGCUCUUCCUUUCUGCCUGGAUUCAGCAGAACACUUGGCUUUAAACUACCCUAACUGGUGAUCUCUCUAGGAACAGACCUCGCACUCCUGCUCUAGAUAGAGUUAUUCCUACUAUACAGUAAGAUGCACCAUGUGACAUAGAAUAGUUUUAUAUAUACUCUCUUGACCUUAAAGAUUGUAUCAUAUUGAAUAAAGUAUCCCACUCUGUAUUAUUUUUAUAUGUAAAAAGAUAAGUUCAAUACUGUAUUACCAGGGUUUGACUUUGACUAUCGCAAAUCCUACAUACACAGUUUGUAACUUCAUCCAGGGAAUCCUUGCCAUUGUUAAUUUGUUGGUGUGUGUCCACCAAUGAAGUGUUAAAUGAAAAUUUUCAAACUUGCUCUCUAGUAGAUGGAAGAACUUGAGGGAAGUGGUUGCAAGUCAGAACACAAAAAGGGACGUGUGACUUGACUGUAUGAGCAGUGUAGAGGAAUGCUGUGAAGAUGGAUACAGCAGCUUGCUGGCUGUACAGAGGUGCUUUUCUUUUCCUUCCCAGUUGCAUUUUACAAAGGUGGGGCAUAUGUAGGACAUGGAGCCAGGGCGAUACUGCUGUAUGUUCUCCAUGAAGAAAGAGAAAGCAAAUGGCCUGUUGGCCAGGUGCAUACAGGAGAAGAAAGCAGAUUGCAAGCUUAGGAAACCCUGUGCCUUGUCCCUGAAAAUCAAGGAGACCAGUCCUAGAAAGUAAAUCUUUGCUCAGGGAUCUAGAUAUGGUCUCAUUGCAACUAGGUGUGAAGGUGUUCAUGCCUUGCUGAGAUAUGCCAGGUGUGUGGACAGCCCUUUAGUUACCAAGUCAGCUUUCAAAUGUAAGAUCCAACCAACCUGAAGAAAUGUCAAAAAGUACUGUUUGAAACAUUGGAAAUUGUAUUCUUUUGAUAUUCUAAUAAACUUAGCUACUUAACA